AUGGACACAGCGGUGCCGGGCCAGUACCUCAUGGCGGCCAGUAAGGAGGAGAAUGGCGUGCAGCAGCGGUAUUUUCCUGGAAAAGGAGCCGUGGUGACAAAAGUUGAUGUUGAAGGAGGCCAGGCUGAGAUCAUUCUGGCGACGGUGCUAGGACGUGUGGUGGUUCAGCAACUCCAGCUGGAGGAGAAGAACCAGGACUUUUUGGUUUCCGUGAUUCCCAAAACGGACUACUCCGAGUUCAAGCAAGUCGCUGCAGACGCCCAGGCGGCGGUCUCGGCCACUUCGACCAAUUUGCCCCGAGAAGGCGAUGUGGUUUUGGUCAAGGUCAUCAGACUCAAUCCCAAACAAGCAACAUGCGAGAUUUUGUGUGUUGAAGGCGCCGGCAAUGUCUCGUCCGAUCUGGGAAUGGGCUCCACAGGCACGUCGGCCCAGUUUUCCGUCCCCAUGGGUGGAGGUUCUCAGCUUCUUUCGUCCUAUGGAGCUGUGGCUUCUUUCCAAGGCAGUCUGGCGGGUGCCCAGCCUGUGGACGUUGGCGAGGCCUUCAGAGGAAUUAUCAGAACCCAGGAUGUGAGGUCUACGGAGAGAGAUAAGGUGAAGAUUGUGGAGUGCUUCAAACCAGGCGAUGUGGUUCGUGCGCUGGUGCUUUCGCUAGGCGACGGCUCCAACUACUAUUUGACCACGGCACGCAACGACUUGGGUGUGGUUUUUGCCAAGAGCGAAGGCGGUGCUGGUGAGCAGAUGUUGGCUAUAGACUGGGAGACGAUGGUGUGUGAGCGUACUGGAGUGACGGAGAAGAGGAAGUGUGCCAAGCUCUUUUCGUAG